UAGUGCACUCGUUUAGAUAGUGCGCGUUUGAGACACAGCUCUUAGUUGAGUGCCACCGUGCAGAGAGAGAGAGAGAGAGAGAGAGAGAGAAAGAAAUGUAAAGAUGGACACGAAGCGGAAUUUCUGACUUGUUAAAAACACAGACGGUGCGAAGAGCUUCUGAGGAUCUGAGCAUCUUCUUCAGCCCCAUCCUCCUCCUCAUCCUCCACUCAGCCUUCUGCAGAUAGCCUGUGUCUUUGCCAUGAGCACUGGAGUGGAGUGAUCUCUGUAAGAAAAUGGAAUCUGUUUUGAUCUAUUUAGUGUGUUUCCUCAGCUUGGGCGCUGCAAGGGCCUCUGAGGUUUCUCUGGCUGAUGUAAACGGCACAGAGACAGCAGGUGAAGUGGAGGAGGUAAAGACGACUGUGAUGCUCACCACACCGAGUCAGAUCAUCGCCCGCGAAGGGAACUGCGUCCUGAUCGACUGCAACGUCACCGGAGACCCUUUCCCUAAAGUGCAGUGGUUCAACUCCCAUGGACACCUUCUGGACACGGAGGGAAGCGAGGGAAAAUGGUGGAUUCUGGAGAACGGAGUCCUCAACAUCACCAGCAUCACUUUCGCAGACCGGGGCAAGUACACCUGCAUGGCUUCUAACGGUCACGGCGUGGCCAACUGUACAGUCACAGUGCGUGUGGUCUUCACUAACGGAGACAUGGGCGUGUACUAUAUGGUCGUGUGUCUGGUGACUUUCACCAUCAUCAUGGUGCUGAACGUGACUCGGCUCUGCAUGAUGAGCAGCCACCUGAAGAAGACCGAGAAGGCUAUUAAUGAGUUUUUCCGCACGGAGGGAGCAGAAAAGCUCCAGAAAGCAUUCGAAAUCGCAAAACGUAUCCCCAUCAUCACGUCGGCUAAAACGCUGGAGCUGGCCAAAGUCACGCAGUUUAAGACCAUGGAGUUUGCACGUUACAUUGAGGAGCUGGCACGCAGCAUCCCUCUCCCGCCGCUCAUCAUGAACUGCCGCACCUUCAUGGAGGAGAUCCUGGAAGUGGUGGGGGUCGAGGAAAUGAGGCACACCUUUGUUCGGCAGGCGCCCGAAGGUCAAGAAGGCACUUCUCGAGCUCUUGGUGGUGCUGUCAGUAACGUUUUCACCAUCCUGCAGAUUAGAGACCGAGCCAGAGACCGAGAGAGGAGCGGAUCUCCUACGGCGGAUUCAGACGACGCUUCGCUGCACGAGCAGCCUCAACACAUCGCCAUUCAGGUCUCCGUUCACCCACCACUCAAUGAAGCAGGCUGCAGCAGCGUCGAGGCUCCGCCCCUCACAGACACGGACGCCGCUCCCACUCCUUCAGCUCAGGCGAGUGAGGACACGGAGCCUGAAGAACAACAGAUAAAGGUGGAAGAGGAGCCGGAGAAAGAAGAAGAGAUGUCUCCAACUAGCCAAGUCAUCUACGAAAGCCAUGUGUAAUAUUCCUAUAGAUAGGAUGAUUCUCUUGCUAUGCAUUUCACCAAUAAACCAUCAACAUGUGCUGACAUUUCGGCGUUCAGUCAGAAUGAAACGCUCAGACGGCUGAGCGAACACUGAGACGACUUUGAGUUCUGCUUUCCCGUGACGAUUCAUGUUGAAUGUAUUUUUGGGAGAACGAAUCACCACAGUCGAGUUUUAUUUCUUUCUCUAGCAGACACCAGGGCUACUCUUGGACCUGGAGUCAGAUCGAUCUAAAGCGCUGCUCUCGGAUAGACGUGUAGAUUGACCACUUAAUGACCUGCUGAUUGAUGAGUCUGAUGUUCAGCAUUUCAGGUGUGACGUAUUCUUCAUCACUGAUGAGUGACUCGAUACGAGUCGGUUUAGUCUGUUUAAUGCAUGAGAAAUACACGCCUCUAAACGUUAUCCACUGGACGGGACACUGAAGAGAAUCUUCUCUUCCUGUAUUUAUAGGGGAAUUAUUCAUCUUUACAUUUGUUAUUAUAAUUAAUAUGAUACUUAUUAGUGAUUUUUACUUUACUAAAUAGUUUAAGGUUUAAAUAGGUCACUAGUUAAAAAUCUUUCUUUUGUUUCAAUUGUGCUUCUUUGGUGUUAAUUUUCAAUGCAUUUGUUUCUUUCCCUCUUAAGUUCAGAUGUUUAUCCUUUUGUUUAUUCCUCUUCAGCAUGUUUCCUUAACGUGUUUGGAAAUGCACCUAACGUUUGCAGCCUUAAAUCUUUCACUUUUCAAACUGACCUCAAACAUUUCAAUCCUGCUUGUAAAAGAAAUACUGAGAAACCUGGGAGAGGGACAAGUGGUGCUCUUAAAGGUUUUUUCUAAAAAUAAAAAUAUAUAACGCUCCUGCUGUGUAAACCAUCA